AUGGCAUUACUUGUAGGAUUUGCACAACCAGAAUUCCAUGGUGAUGAAGAAGAUUAUGAAGAUUUCGUAGAUAGAUUAAUAUCAUAUAUUACCUGGCUGGAAGAAUUUGACAAUAAAAAUUGGGAGUUAGAAAAUGUACUUGAUAACUCUAGUAUAGGUGCAACAAUAGCACAUAUUCGUGGUGCUAAUGCAGGAGGUAUAAUAGGUGCAGUCGUUUCUUUCCCAAAUGUUCCACUUGGACUUACAGAUGCACAAAUUAUCCCUGUUUCUGAAGAUUGGACAAUAGUAGGAGGAUGCCCAACUAAUGCAGUACCAGUUGCACCAAAUGCUGGAGGAGGUGUUCCUAUUAUUCUAGCAGGAAUACGAUCUGAACAAAGGCUUUGGUGGAUAAAAAAAUAUUAUUCAACUGCUAAUAAAUAUGUAAAGAUGUUAGAAAUUGGAGCAUUAAGACAAGGUAUAUAUGAGAGUGUACCUUUAUUCUGG